AUGGGUCCUGUCACUUUCCCGUGGAAAUCUUAUUCUUGUUUCUCAGCAAAAUGGGAGCUUGACGAUCAACAAUACUUUCCGGAAGCAAAAAACAAUUCUGCAUGCUUCAGACUAUCUUCAGAAUCAUCUAUAGCACCUGAAGCACCUAGAGUGGAAGAAGUAAAUGAUGAAGAAACAGUUGACAUGAGCCAUGAUUUCUUUCAUGGCUUUCUUGCAAUUGGAACUCUCGGUUCGGCAUCAAUUACUAAAGAGCCCGUGACACCAAAAGUCGCAAUGCCAUUUGAAAGUUCAACUGAGGAAGAAACCAGAGCAGCAGAAGAUGAACUGCAGUCUCCAAACAACAAGUUAGAGAAGCCAAUUGAUAAGGAAGUAUAUAAUGUAAGUAAUGAAUCAUCUAAAGGGAGAGUGGUUAGUUUAGAUGAGAAGGAAACCAAACACAUGGGUACCAAAGAGAACAAAAGUACGGUUGUGCAUCCACUGAAAGAGUAUUCUGAAAUGCCGGCAACCAAAGAAAAGACAAAGGAACAAAAGACUAUGCCUGAAAACUUCCCCAAGAAAAAUGCCACAUCCUACAAGAAAUCAGGAAAAUUAGACAAAGGGGAGAAAAGAGAAACUCCGGCUAAGAAUUUUAUGAAGAAAAUGCUGAAAAAGCUUGAUUUCACAUCACGGUGCAGCCCAACUUCUGCUAGUGCUAAUGCUAUUUUUUGUAAUUCAACCGAGAAACCCACAAAACCCACCAAGGUCUUUUGGAAGUCAAGAAAAAUCCACCCUGAAGCACCUGGUCUUCAUGUCAAUAAGUCACACAACUACGAGUUCAAGAACUUGUGUUACGAUGAAGGCUAUGAUAAAGAAGCGAAAUUUGAGAAUGAAGCUGACAAGUAUCCUCAUAUGGGAAUGUUAAAGAAAGAAACAGUUGGCAGCAUUGAGUUUGCCAACGAGCCUCACAAAAGCCAGCCAGCUGGCAAAAAUGCAUACUGGAUUAAAACUGAUGCAGAAUAUUUGGUGCUGGAGUUUUAG